AUGAAGCGCAACCACGAAGCGGCACGGUCCACGUCAGCCCUGCCGACAGCCGUCUUUCCAGCUGGCACGCCGCUGCAGACGACGUUGGCCAAGCUCGAGCAACCUGCGCGAUCCAGAGCAUUCUUGCCCGAGCACCCGCCGAGCCCGACGCCCGAGUCGACCGAGCUCUUUCACUACACCAACACACUUCUGCAUCGGGUGACGGGUCGGUACCUGCCCGCAGCGGUGCUAGGCGGCGGCCCCACCGCCCACGCGGACGAAGUCAAGCACCUCGCGUCCGACCCCGACUUGAUGCUCGUGAUGCAAAGCGUCCAAGACCUCACGCACCAGUUCCACGAGGUCGCCACGUCCGUCUUGUCGCACCGCCGCGAACUCGGAAAGAUUCUACUCAAGCUCAAAGGCUCGUACGUGGGUCUUUUUGAGCGCGUGCUUGAAGCUGCGAUGCGCUUCUACUAUACGUACCGGUCCGAGCACGCCAAAGAGCGGCACGACCAGAAACAAGAGCUUUUGAACCAAAGUCGGGUCAUCCAAGAACACGAAGAGUCGAUUCGGGUGCUCACGCACCACUUGGAAGCCAAAGAAGUGCUGGUGCAGUCGCAGCGCGUCACGAUUCAGGACCUCGAGUUCCACAACCAUGCGCUCCACGCGCUCGAAGCGACGUGGCUCGAGCUCCAAGACGAGUACCGCGAGCUCAAGCGGUUCAAACUGUCUUGUGACAAGCGCGAGGAGCUAUUGCAACAGCGCGAAGAGACGCUCCAAACCAAAGAAGAGACACUGACGCGCCAUGCCCACUUUCUCGAAGUGCAGGCCAAGACCGAGCACGGACGCAUUAUCGAAGAAGCGCGAAAGUACAAAGAGGCGUACACCAAAGCCGUCGAAGAGAUCCACGACGCGCACGAGCCCUCGCCCGACUCGCCGUACGAUCAUCGUUUUGGUCCCCGCGCAGAUGCAUCGACGCAGACCACCGCCGACGACGACGGACUCUGGGACGUCCAGGACGGAGUCCCAAAGGCCGUCUCGACGAGUGUGCAAGCGCGCACCAUGUGGCGGCGCUUCCACGCCUUUGUUCGCUGUAAAAACUGCCAUGGUCGACCGCUCGUGACGCGCGCGCCGACCGAGGUCGAUGAAGCCCGCUACUCGCUGCAAGAGCUUUUGCAACACAUUGAAAUGCUGUAUGAUGCCAAGUACGAGGCCGACCGCCUCGAUGCGGCCGACGGCGUCGCGUACCAGCCACUCGACCAGUUUGUCGCCGAGUACUAUCUCAAGAGCUGCAACGGGCGGCAAGACGCCGAGGUGCAAUUCUACAAGCUUUUGAUUUCGAUCAAAGCGCUCUAUUUAACGUCGCCCGCCCUGCAUCUGUUUGCUCGCUUUUUACAGCUGCUCGAUCGCGAGAACGCCGAGCAGCGCCGGUACCGCUUCGACCCAGACAUUGACGAGAAAGCCCAGGCCUCCAAAAUGGAGCUCAACGCGCUCGGUGUGCCACCGCAACAGUGUCUUAACCAGAGCUACCUGCGCGUUUUCUUGGAUGCGCGGCACAACGCGCUGCACCAUCCCGAGCUCGGCACGGACCAUCUCGUGUCCGUCAACGGCGUUGCGACCAAGUGGAUUGCAUUGGAGUAUGGUAUUCGCCUCCUCAAGUGGUACCUCAGCUACUUGCCGGCCGAGAGGCGCCAAGUCUACUACCGACAGCUCGAACACUGCACCGGCAUCUUGCUCCAUGGGACCAUCACCGACACGAGAGGCAACCAGCUCGCUGUCCGCGCGCAAAUGCGUCUCGUGAUGCUUGGCACCGACACGAGCCGCACUGAUGGCGACGCGCCGCCGCGCCGGCGCGACGUUGUCGUCGUGAGCGUGCACGUCGUCUUGGAGCUCAUCGUUGACGUUUUGCUCAUGCGUACGAAAGGCAUUGAGAUCGAACUCACCGAGCUCUUUGAAUCGGGCGACGUCAACCACGACCACGUCUUGUCCUUUCCCGAGUUUUGCGCGAUUCUCAAGCCGCGCGCGCCCGAGUUCAACGAGCGCCGGCUCCUGCGCAUGUUUCGCGAGGCGUUGCUGCUCGGCCAAGACCCAUCGUAUGCGAUCACGGUCGACGCUUUCAUUCAAGUGUGCACCGACCACGGUCUCGUCGCGUUAGUGUCCAAUGCAACGUUCGAGUUUAGCAAGCGGAGUCUCCGCCACAGCCCGCCCAAGCGCCAGUCACGCUCGUUCAACGCGACGACGAGCCCGCUUCGGCGCGGGACAGUGGGGGCGCCGCCGCCCCGCUACCCGCCAAAGCCCACACUGCUCUCCGCCUCCGCAACCUCCACGAAUGGAAACGAAGCAGUAUCUACGAGCGGUGACGACGAGAUCGUCGAAGACCUACCGCCACACGACGACGGCGACGACGACGACGACGAUGGCGAUGCAACCACGCCCCAUCUCGAACUGUCGCACGCGACGGACGCCCCAAUCGCGGAAGAGAUCGAGUCGGCCGCAUAGCCAUUCGGUCAGAGUACAUUAUUCAUUGUUGGUAGCCUACCAGUCGACUGAAAGGUAUAAUACGACGAUGUUAAGUGUCCAUCACCAC